AUGGGCCGCCACCCUGGGCGCCGCGCGGAGCCCGCCGAGGGGAGCGCACUGCUGCACCAGCCCCGCGCUUGGGUCUCUGGGCACCGAGAGUCGGGCUCAGCUGUGUGCAACUUCUUCUUGAAAGGGCUCUGUGGGAAAGGUAAGCGCUGCCCCUUCCGGCAUGACAGCGGCGGGAAGACGGUGGUGUGCAAACACUGGCUGCGGGGGCUGUGCAAGAAGGGCGACCAGUGCAAGUUCCUGCACCAGUACGACCUGGCCAGGAUGCCCGAGUGCUACUUCUACUCCAAGUUCGGUGAUUGCAAUAAUAAGGAGUGUCCCUUCCUCCAUGUGAAGCCAGCUUCCAAGACCCGAGACUGUCCUUGGUAUGAUCAAGGUUUCUGCAAGAACGGUCCCCUGUGCAAAUACCGCCAUGUUCACAGAGUGAUGUGUAUCAACUACUUAGCUGGCUUCUGCCCUGAGGGACCCAAAUGCCAAUUUGCACAUCCCAAGAUGAACCUGCUUUUAUUCAGUCCCAGUUCUGUGAAGGUGAGCGUGGGCAGGGACGUGCAGAUGUCUCAUUUACUCCACUUGUCACUGUCCCCCAGGGAACGCUGCUCCCUAGUGUCGGCGGCACCGUUCCCAGUGGACCCUCACCAUUUCGCAUGA